AUGCCAAAGGAAGAUCAAAAGUUUGUAGUUUCGUAUGGAUUAUACGGAGGUGAUCCAAAAUAUACAACAGGAGCUAUUAGAAAUGCCGAAUUGGUUCGUUACAUUUAUCCUGGAUGGGUUUGUAGAUUUUAUCAUGAUAACACAGUCCCAAAGAAUGUUUUAACUCAACUCGAAGAAUUAGGAGCUGAAUUAAUUAAUGUUGCAAAUGAUGGUAUGAGUGGAGGAAUUGGAGGAAUGUUUUGGAGAUUUUUAGUGGCUGGAGACGAAACUGUUGACAGAUAUAUUGUAAGAGAUUCUGAUUCAAGAUUAAAUGCAAGAGAAGCAGCCGCAGUUGAGGAGUGGAUUGAAAGUGGAUAUCCAGUCCACUCAAUGAGAGAUCACUUGGGUCACGACGCACCAAUGAAUGGUGGAAUGUGGGGAGGUGUUAAAGGAGCUAUUCCAGAUAUUAUUGCAAAGAUUAAAGCAUGGCCAAAUAGAGAUCAAUUUUGGAUGGACAUGAACUUUUUAGCCAAAGAUAUUUGGCCAUUAAUUAAGGAUAAAACUCUUUCGCACGAUUCUGUAGUUUGUACUAAAUACCCAAACUCUAAAUCUUUCCCAACAAGAAGAAUUGCUAAGGAACAUGUCGGUCAAGUAUUUGAUGCUUUAGAAUCUCCAAGACUUGGUGAUAUGAAUGAUGGUCGUAUGGAUACACCUUCUCCAAUGGCUUGCAGAAGAAAACCUGAAUGGACACAUGGAUAACUGUUUCUAAUAAACAUUUAGCUCAUAUUUUCUCAA